CAUUGUUCUUAUUGCAGUGACAGUUCUUCCUUCACGUUCACCGAAAGCCAUGUGACGAACCCAGAGAUCAUUGCGCAGGACAUUGUCCACGGCGAUGAGACCAUUCUUUACGUUCAUGGGUUCAUGGAAGAUACAAGUGCCGAUAACGUUAUGGUUAUACCGAAAGCGUAUUUGGAUAAAGGUGGCGUUAACGUGAUCGUAGUCGAUUGGGGAGAGAUAGCGCUUAACAUCAAUUACCUUUAUGUUAGCAGCCAAGUGCCUUACAUAGGAAAGGCAAUCGCCGAAUCUAUGGAAAAGCUAGCUGACGUGAUCGAUUUGAACACGUUGCACGUGAUUGGACAUUCUUUGGGUGCUCACAUUGCUAGCCACAUUAGUAAAUUCAUGAACGUUACUCUAAAUCGGCUAACAGGACUAGAUCCCGCGUUCCCCCUGUUCUAUCCUUCCGCGUGCCACAUUAAGAAAACCGACGCAGAAACCGUCGUUAUCCUUCACACGGAUGCUGGCUUUUACGGUACGCCUAUCGACACGGGAACCGUUGAUUUUUAUGCGAACAAGGGAGUCAGUCCUCAACCAGGUUGCCCUAUAAUCAUUGGCGGAGAAAUCUGCAGCCAUCAAAGAUCCACCAAGAUCUUCGCAGAAUCAGUGACAAAUCCUGAGGCGUUUCCAUCGCGUAGAUGUAUUGCCAGGUUCAAAGAUGGUGAGAGGGUAUAUUUCAAUGAUUCCACGCCAAAGAACUUACACGGUGCUUACUGUUUCAAUACAAACAAACAGUCGCCAUUCGGCCAACAAUCUUAAUUUCUACGCUGAGAUACGAAAAAGCUCAUAAGUGAGUAUAGUAGAUAUAAGAACAUAAUAAGAGAAAAGUUUCCUAAUUAUGUUGCAACGAUGACCAUUUCAAUAAAAUUUUACAAACUCUCCACCGGAGA